AGCGCCGUCCAAUCAGCGUGCGCGCAGGGCGGCGGGCUCCGAUUGGCUGCGUUUGCCCCUCCGGCCACGCCCACCCCGCCGCCACCGGGCGCUGUCCAGUGCUGAACCCGCGGCCGCCGCCAUGAGCGGGGGGGUCUACGGCGGCGACGAGGUGGGGGCGCUCGUGUUCGACAUCGGCUCCUUCUCGGUGCGGGCCGGCUACGCGGGGGAGGACUGUCCCAAGGCGGACUUCCCCACCACGGUGGGGCUGCUGUCCCCCGAGGACGUGGCCCUGGAGCUGGACGGUGACAAGGACAAGAAGGGAGGGAAGGUCUAUUACAUCGACACCAACGCGUUGCACGUGGCCCGCGAGGGCAUGGAGGUCCUCUCGCCCCUCAAGAACGGCAUGAUUGAGGACUGGGAGUGCUUCCAGGCCAUCCUGGACCACACCUACGGGAAGCACGUCAAGUCAGAGCCAGGCCUCCACCCCGUCCUCAUGUCCGAGGCCCCGUGGAACACACGGGCCAAGAGGGAGAAGCUGACGGAGCUGAUGUUUGAGCACUACAACAUUCCGGCCUUCUUCCUCUGCAAGACGGCCGUGCUCACCGCCUUUGCCAACGGGCGCAGCACGGGGCUGGUCCUCGACAGCGGGGCCACCCACACCACCGCCAUCCCCGUCCACGAUGGCUACAUCCUCCAGCAAGGCAUCGUCAAGUCGCCGCUGGCCGGGGACUUCAUCUCCAUGCAGUGCCGGGAGCUCUUCCAGGAGAUGAACAUCGACAUCGUGCCGCCCUACAUGAUUGCCGCCAAGGAGCCCGUGCGGGAGGGGGCCCCCCCCAACUGGAAGAAGAAGGAGAAGCUGCCGCAGGUCUCCAAGUCCUGGCACAACUACACCUGCAAUGAGGUGAUCCAGGACUUCCAAGCCUCGGUGCUGCAGGUUUCCGACUCCCCCUACGAUGAGCAGGUGGCCGCCCAGAUGCCCACGGUUCACUACGAGAUGCCCAAUGGCUACAACACCGACUACGGGGCCGAGCGGCUCCGCAUCCCCGAGGGGCUCUUCGAUCCCUCCAAUGUCAAGGGCCUGUCGGGGAACACGAUGCUGGGCGUGGGGCACGUGGUCACCACCAGCAUCGGGAUGUGCGACAUCGACAUCCGACCGGGUCUCUACGGCAGCGUAAUUGUCACGGGGGGGAACACCCUGCUGCAGGGCUUCACCGACCGCCUCAACCGGGAGCUUUCGCAGAAGACACCUCCCAGCAUGCGCCUGAAGCUGAUCGCCAGCAACAGCACCAUGGAGCGUCGCUUCAGCCCCUGGAUCGGGGGCUCCAUCCUCGCCUCCCUCGGCACCUUCCAGCAGAUGUGGAUCUCCAAGCAGGAAUAUGAGGAAGGGGGGAAGCAGUGCGUGGAGCGCAAAUGCCCCUGAGGGAUGACCCAGGUGUUCAGGCAGGGCUCCCUGCCCCUGCCUCACUCCUUUGGGGCCUGUGAGGGGAAAAAAAAAAAAAAAAAAAGAGAAAAAACAUUAAAAAAUGCAACAACAAA